AUGGCUGCGAGAACUGCCCAAAUGCCGGAAGCACCAACAGCAGCUAACAACAGCAUCGAUGUUGUUAGCCUGCAAAUUUCUCUUCCUCAAAUGCUCGAUCUUGCUCUUGGAGCACCGGAGGUUGGCGCGGUUAAUUUUAAUAUUCUUCAUAGUUUCCUCCAUAUCUUGUUGCAUCAAAUAAAUUUGCAGGCUACCAAAGUUGAAUUCCGUGGUGAAAACGCGGAUCGCAUUAAAAGGAUGGUAACAUCCUUGAAGCCGAGCCCUGCUCGGGCUUCACCUCAGCUUCACGAGUAUGAUAUUACCGAUGCUACCGGCGAAGUACAACGAAUUCGAAGAGACGAUGGCGCAGAUGCCGAUGUACUUACAGACGAUAUUCAACCGCCUGCAGAGGAAAUUUUGAAAGUGACGAAUGAUGUGAGGCCACAAAUAGAUCUUGAGAAAGUCCCCGAAGCUCCGACGGUCGUAACUGUCGUAAAUGGCUCUCCUCCUACAGCAUUGGCGUUCGAAGAGCUUAAACAAUCUGUAAAACAGCUGCAGCAACGGUAUCAAGCUUUGGAGGACUUGUCUACGUCUCCAGAAGUAGUCGAAAGUUUAAAGGAAAAAAUCACAGAUCCCGCCGCGGAUGUGUGGCAAUUUAUUAACAUUAAUAAGAGAUUGGAAGCUAACGAACAAGGUAUCGAUAAGCUCACGGCAAUGAUACAAGAUGUAAUCAAAGGCGAUACUGUCAUAGCAGACACAUCUUUGAUUAACGCGAGAUUGGAUGAACUCGAAGAUAAAGUCUCCAAAAUGGAGCAAUGGCUUAUCAAUCUGCAAACAAUUACUGACAUGUUAACCGAAGGUAUACCCGUGCCAACUACUGGUAUUGAUGUAGCAGCAGUAGAAGAAAAAGAAGAAAUAGAAGCAGCAGAAAAAAUCAUAACAACCAACGAUGUGAUAGUACCACACCGUGAAAAAGAAGAAAAUGAAGUCUCUAAAGUAGCAGUUGAUAAAAUACGCAAAACAGCACCUGAAAAGCUCGCUCCUCUAGUACCACCUCUGAGUGGUGCUGUUAUAGCAAAAAUACGUCAAGAUGUUACUACAUUAAAAACGGAUGUAGCUCGUAUACAACAAGACUUGCAAGAUCUUAACAAAAGAGUUGCACAAAAAAUAGUCGAAGUGAGUGAUGUCGUAAACUUGGAACAAUGCCUGGAAGCUAUAAAAAGUGUAGAAACAACACAUGACAAAGCUUUGAUUGAUGUUACUCAACGCGUAGUUGUAUUGGAGACGGAAGUUGGAAAUUUGUUAGAAAAAGUGGAUAGUAUGCAAGAAGUCGAGAAGACAGAUGAAGUCAGCAUUAACAAACUUGUUGCAAAAGUGCAAGAAAUUGAAACGGAUAUGGAGAAAAUCGGACAAGCGAUGGACAGAUUGCUCGAUGACAAGGAAAAACAAGAAACGCACAUUAGCACACUACUGGAACAAAUAGAACUUUUAAAAACUGUCAAAGCAAACAAAGAGGAUCUUGAAGAUGCUUUGGCCGACAAAGCCGAUGCUCAAACUGUGAACAGAAAGGUAUCACAUGAUCAAUUUGAUGCUGCCUGCGAUGAUCUCGCUCGUGGUCUCGAGGAAGCAAUCGACAAAUUGACGAAGCAAGAAUCGAUUUGGCAACAAGCGCUUGAUGAAGUGCAGAAUGAAAUCGCCGCGAAGAUGGAUAAAGUCGAGAUGAUGCCACUGAAGGAUUUCGUGAACAAUAAAUUAAAAUCGCUUCAAGAAAAGUUAAAGUUUAUGAUUGAAGCGAGACGGGAGAUCGAGGCUGCAGGAACGAAAAAGCUGCUUAGAGACGUUCAAUGUAUAUCGUGCGACAAGGAUGUUGUAAUGAAGACAGACGAGCUCAGUAGAUUUCGCGCUGAACCGUUACCAUGCACUACCAGCAUGAAACCUUAUCUAACGUACGAGUUGGACAAAGUCAGAAAACAACAGAGAAAAUUGCCUCACAGCAGAAAUAUGAUCCAAUUUGAAGCAGUAAUGCAAGAGGAGAUCAAAAAGAUGAAAGCGAAGGAAGAGAUGCUCGCGAGGACUCCUAGAGAUCAUCUCUGCAAUCGUUACUGCGGCGGGAGUCAUACGAUUACGACUCCUCAGCAAAGGGUCAUGCGAACGGGACAUUUCCUUACUCAAUGGGGACCGGAAGCGAUACAAUUAACGGACGGGGUGGUAAGGGGGAAAGACGGUAAAAUGUAUCGCAGUCGGCGCAUGCCGGGUAAGGACGUCUGCGGGCUAGAUUGUUGGGAAAGCCAGAUUAGCGAGGAAACUGGACCCUCGGUGAAUAUCAAGAUGAUUUAG